AUGCCUGGUUUAAUAACUCCCCGUAAGACGCGGUCGACCGUCAAGGACACCAAGGUCCCUCCUGCCACGUCGAGUAUUGCCAACUUAAAGAUCUCCAAGCUCUCGACCUUUGGGAAGGACGUCACUUCCGAGAAGAAGGCCACCACCGGCACCAUCUUUGGUCGCACGUCCAACAUUGAGAUUGUCCUCACUACAAAGAAGAGGAAGGUUCAGGACGAGGUCGAGCCCACACCCAAGAAGCAAUGUCGGGAGCCCGAGUCGAGACCAAUCCCGACUACCACUCCUGUUUCGAAAAGGAAGAAGACUGUCACAUUCGACCUGACUGAGAACUCCGCCCCGGCCAAGCCAACUCCAAAACGCGCCGCUCCGGCAUCCACACCCAGCAAGAAGCGGUCAUACCAAGCCGACGACGAGACCGAUGCCUCUUCUCACACCUCGGCUCUUCUGGAACGUCUCAACAUCCGAUCCCCCAUCCCGAAGCGCACCAAGACAGUUGUCACCCCAGCCCAAAAUGAUUACGACCUCCCCCAAGAGCUCCUCGACCUCCUCGACAUGCAGACCGCCUUCCUCAAAACCCUGAACAUGGAAUACGCCCACAAUGGCACCAACUCCCCCAUCGACCUCCGAAGCCUCUACCCCAGUGUCACCCGCACCUGGGGAAAGCGUAGAGUAUUACUCGUCGACAUUCAGCGUCUGCUCGGAGUCCUAACCUGGACACCCGCCAAGUCCUCCCCCGAACCCCUCUUCAUCCUCUCCGACUAUGGCCGCCAGAAAAUCUGCAUCCACUUCUCCCCAUCCCUACCUGCGGGCCCGAUCAGAGAGGCCGACUUGAAUAUGGAUUUCAAGUCCAACCUCCGCACGCUGUGGAUGUCCUCCAACAAGAACGUCACCCUCUUCCUCGGCACCCUCCCCAAGGCUCCAAUCAAGAAGUGCGAGAGCCUUCUCAAGGCCGCGAUCCCAAAGCAGACAACCCUUGACUCCCUCAAGGCUGGUAUCCAAGCCAGAAAAGAAGCCGAGCAAGCCGCCAAGGAGGAAGCCGCCAAGAAACUCGAGCAGGCGGUCAAGCCUGACGGAACAAAGAUGACGCUGCUGGAGCGGAUCAAGAUGAAGGAGGUGGAGCUGAAGAAUAUGCCCGCGGGUCCUACGCCUCAGGAGCUGCAGAGGCAGGCGGCGCUUCACAGGGCGGAGGAUGUGGCGGCCGUGAUUGGGAUGUUGUGCAAGGCCAGUGGUGGGCAGGCAAGGGUGUCGUUUACGAUGCAGCAGGUCCUGACCAAGCUGAAGGAUUCGCUGAGGACGCCGAUUAGCAGAGAGGACGCGGGGAUUUGUGUGAGGUUGUUGGCGGUGGAGGUGACACCCGAGUGGAUUAGGGUUGUGAAGCUGGGGGCGAGGGAGAUGGUGGUUGUUACUGUUGCUGGGCAGCCUAGUCUGACGGUGUUGAAGGAGAGAGUUGGCAAGUUGUUGGGUUGA